UAGAUUGAACAUUUUACAAAGGAGAUAUAAUCGCACUUCUAAUUUAAAAUCGAAGAUAAAUAUAGAGUAACUACUUUUAGUCAAGGUUGAAGUUCAGUAAAUGAAUUGAAUUAUUGAUUAUGAAGCGUGCCCGUGCUGUCCUACAAGAAAGCAAAUAUAAAUAGAUCCGUCUUAUGGUGGAAGAAUGGAAAACGAUCGUAGGCUGCACGUGCACAAAACUACAAUUCAAGAUGAAAGGGCAAGAAUGUCUUGUAGAACAGCUUUGUAAAUUGGCUAUUUAAAGAUUCAGUUUCAUCCCGCUGAGUGUUUGAUAGAUUCUUGCGUCUCCCAGCCAGCGGACCGAUUCAUUACAGUUUUCUCUAUAAAAAAGAAUGAAAAUAGAUUUUGUGACGAGUUUCUGCGACGGUUUGACCAUGACGUUAUAACAGAAGAUUCGCGAUCAUGUCCUAACGAAACGCAUUAUUUGCUGAGAUUAACGUAAGCUAUAAAAAGGUAGACGCCAACCGAGAAACCACAGUCAUAACCAUUACAUCCAUUCGAUGUGGUCAUUUCUCAGAAUCUUGUCAUUAAGCUUUUUCAUAUUAGAAACGGCGCUUACCAAGCCGUAUGUCCAUGGAGACCUGCUGGUGGAAGAGAGACAGUUAUUAUACGAUCGCCAGUUUAAAGUUUCUGGCUUUAACGUAUUAUUUUUAUCUAAAGUUAGUUCAACAGCGCAUCCUAAUUCAAAGUCUCUUGCACAAUGUCUUUAAUUUUCAGUUUCCUCCAUGUCUUUUCGCCACGACAACAUCGCAAGGGAACUUGUCAUAUUCUGGAAUUUGCCAUGAUAUAAUCACUUGGAUUUCUCAACAAUUUCAAAUGGAGCUGAUUUACGUACCCGCAAAUCAUUCGGAAGUAAUCCGAUUCGGAAUAGUUUCUACGCUCAUUAGUCAAUUCACGAAGCAGGAGGUUGAUAUAAUACCAUUUCCGUUCGUUAUCACACCAACAAUCAUGCAACAAAUGGAUUUUACUAUCCCUCUUACAGUGGAGGAUUAUCAUCUAUUGCAGCCUUACCCGAACGAAGAGAGCCGUCUUACCGCGUGCAUAAGUCCUUUCUCUUUUACUGUUUGGUUACUAUUUCUCCUGUCAACUUUUGCGGUGAUUUUGUUUAUGGCCUUAUUAACUUUCUAUCGCCCUCCAUUGAAAUCAAUAAGUUUCACCGACGCCUUUAACGAUAAUACAAUUUACGUACUCACAGUCAUAACCGGACAAGGCAAUUAUAAAUCCGAGAAAACCCUUGCCCAGCGUCUAGUUGCAGGUUUGUGGUGUUUGAUGAUGGUGGUAUUGGUAAACGCAUAUACGGGAACUUUAAGGUCAUACAUGACAGUGCCCAAACUGGAUCCGAUCGUGAACACGCUAACUGAACUGGCAGUUAGUAGCGAAACAAAAAUGACGGUAGAUAUUCAACUGGGCAAGGCUCGCAUGUUCUUGGAAGCCACCUCGGGACCGUAUAAAUUAAUCGGCAAUUCACUUCGUAAUAAUCCAGAGUUACUCGUCAAAGGGAGCUCUCUAGAAGGAAUGAAUAACGUUUUACAACGAGGAGCUGCUUAUUUUGCUAAUCGUUCAAUCAUUAAAUACCUGAUGGCCGUAGACAUGAAAACCCACCCCACAUGCCGUAUGACGUAUUCUGAUCCGAUUCCUUUUAUCGAAUACUAUUCCAUGGGUUUACCUAAAAAUAGCCGGCACAAUUGGAUCAUCAAUCACGACUUGCAGUAUUUACAGGAGAGUGGUUUACUUACUUAUUGGAUAAAACAGCGCACACCCAAUGUUGAUAAAUGUAAAGUGGGAAUGUCCAAACCUAGUGGAAAGAUGGUUUCUUUGACGCUAGUUGAUCUAUCGAGCCCUACCGCACUCCUUGCCAUUGGAAUUGGACUGUCGUUUCUGGUGUUUCUCAUCGAAAUAAUUUUAUUCUUAAAAACAAAGAAGCGGAAGAUUCAAGAAGAAAAUAAUGCUGUUAAAAAUUUACUUUUUGGACUCUGA